AUUGCGGAAUAAAGUACGGCAUGCGCCAUGAGUAUCAGGGCUGCACAGCGGCAACGCGCCCUGCAUUUGUACAGGCACGGCCUUAAGAACUUGUUGAGCUGGGCAAUUCGAAGGGAUCUUUUCGCACAGGAGGCUGGGCGGUUGAGAGCUGAGUUCGACCUGAACAAGGACGUGGACAACGUCGCUCAGGCUGCGCGACUCCUUGAGAAGGGGGAGGCGAAACUGAAGGAAUACGAACAUCCCGACCCCUACAUUGUGCCAUACCAUCCUGGAGGAUCUCUCUAUGCGCGGAACCCUCCCUUCCCAAAGGAGCUCAAACAACAGCUAGACUUUGGCCGGGAAACAGCGUGAUCUCAACUGUUGCACCAUGAAUUGCACAAAGAAGUGGGGCACUGAUGUGCUGCUAUGGCGGUGCUGGCCUGGAGUAAGAUGCAUUUGUUUGCAUGAAAGAAAAGAGCAUCGUGAGCUAACGGUUUGACACAACGUAUGUUGUUGAAGUGGCAUGUAGCUGAUGCUAGAAUCCUCACAGAAGUCCUUGAAGAGUGUGUGGCAUUACAUGAUGUGCUGCUGCUGCAUCAAUUAUGCAGGGCUGUAUGCCAAUUUUGUGCCCGCAUGAUGUGGGAAUGCUCUGCGACCAUCAUAGAUACAACCAAAGUCAGGCCAGUCUAAUUAAAACAGGAAAAAUGCUGACGUGGCGACAGAGCGAGCGCCACCUGUAUAGGACUACGGGCUGCCUUGCAGGUGUAAAUCGUGUGAGAGAGUGCAUUAGGAAUAAUACCAAAGAGGGCAGUGCGAGGGCCAAGAAGGGAGGAACGGCCGCGGUGUAAUCAGUGUGCAUCGACG